UUCCGGCUGUGCCGGCGGUGGGGCGCGGGGCCGCGCGCGCAGUGGGUGCAGUUAACGUGUGAAACUGUUUGGUGAGGAUAUUCAGGAUAUUAAGCAUUUAUGUGAAUACAAAAAGCAAGUUGAGAAACUCAGAAGAAGAUUCCACUGAGGAUCAUUAAAAACAAGAUAUCAGCACGUCUGAACUGCAGAUCGCUGGAAACUAGAUGUUAAGGCUGAUCUAUACCACUACAGCAGUGCAGAGAAAAAAUGUAGGAGCCUCAGGACCUGAAAAGUACACGGAAGCAUUUAUUAAAAAACAGAUUGAAGAGUUCAACCUAGGAAAGAGACAUUUAGCCAACAUGAUGGGAGAAGAUCCAGAAACUUUUACCCAAGAGGAUAUUGAUAGAGCUAUUGCCUAUCUCUUUCCUUCUGGCUUAUUCGAUGAACAAGCCAGACCCAUGAUGAAGCAUCCUAGGGAAAUUUUUCCAGAGCAGAGAAAAAUACAGUGGGGAGAAGAUGGCCGACCAUUUCACUUUCUCUUUUAUACUGGCAAGCAGUCAUAUUAUUCAUUAAUGCAUGAAACAUAUGAAAAAUUGCUGAAUGUUGAGAAAUACCAAGACCAGCUGAUAGCUCAAGACCUUCCUCUUCAGAAGGAAAAAAGAAACCUGGCUGGCAGCAGAUGGCUGACUAAGAUUGAAUUGGAAGAAAUGUUGUUAGAAAAACUGUCAGAUGAUGAUUAUUCGAGAUUUAUUCAACUCUUACAAAAAUUGACGGAUUUGCCGUGUAGUGACAUCGAGGAGAAGUAUAUACAGAAGUUUUCCAAAGAACUUCCUGUGCAGAUGCAAAAGGUAGUUAUUGAGCCCUUGCAGUAUGAUGAGCAAGGAGUGGCCUUCAGCACCGGUGAAGGUAGAAGAAAAACUGCAAGAGCUACUGCAGUAGUUUAUGACAAUGGGACCGGAAAAAUGACAGUGAAUGGAAAAGACAUUUUGCAUUACUUCCCGGUGCUGCAGGACAGGGAACAGUUGUUGUUCCCUUUCCAGUUUCUUGGCAGAAUUGGAAAACAUGAUGCGGUUUGCACAGUCUCGGGUGGAGGAAGAUCUGCACAGGCUGGAGCAAUACGUUUAGCCUGUGCAAAAGCCUUAAGGAGUUUUGUGACAGAAAAGGAGGUGGAAUUCAUGAGGCAAGCUGGAUUACUAACAGUUGACCCACGUGUGAAGGAACGAAAAAAGCCUGGUCAAGAGGGAGCCAGACGGAAAUUCACCUGGAAAAAGCGAUAAGUCUGGCUAUUUAAAGAAUGACAAGUGCUACCAAAGCUUCAAAACAUACUGAUUUAUCAUUUAAAACUGUUGUAUAAAUAUAUUUAGUAAUAAAGACUUUUUUUUCCCCCAUUAUAA